AUGUCGCGCAAGUCCUCCAUUCCGCCAUCAGGUGAGCUGCGCGACCGCUCCGGAACUUCAACAUCGAGCCGACAGCGAUCUGAACCGGAGACAGUGCGCGACUUCAUUCAUGGCUACUCUGUCAAGGACAAGUCAUCUCUGGAUGAGGACAACAAACUGAGAUGUAACCGCGGGCUGCGGCUCCGCAACAUCCUCUGGACGAAGCUCCUUCUCAUGGGGCCACCAAUUCGCAGAGGAAAUGUUUUGAAAUGGUCGUCGCAGAAUCGGAAGUGGGAAGCCGAAGGUGGGACAGAGCUCGUUGACGACAACGACAAGGAUAUGAAAGAGCACAGUGAUGAUGAUGAGGAGUACAAGUCGCCGCUGGAUGGUUGA